CGUGUUGAAGCGUCUGUUUUAUGCUCGUUGUUUAUGUUAAUUUGUUUGUUGUCAACGUGGCGUUAAUUAUAUUGAAUGUAGAGUGAGUGAAUGAAUGUUUCCAGACCUUCUCUUGGCUUUGGAAAUACAGGCAGCAAAUAUUGGGCUACAGAUGAACUUAAAUAAAAAUCAAGUGUAUGAGCUACACAACAUCUGCUUUACUAAUAUGCACCACGAAUGACAACAAACUCCAACACCUCCAAGACUUGAAAUAGUCGGGUGCUUGGGCAUACAUGUCAGAAAGGGACACGUCUGGAAAGCUACCAUUAAACUACAGAAGCUCUGGAAAGCUGAAUAACGUAGACAAAUGAAGACUAACAUCUUUCAAACAUUGUUUGAGCCAGUACUUCGCUAUGAUCCAGAAACAUGGACCUUGAAAAAACAAAGAAGUCUGGAUGGGUGUUACAGCAGAUUAUACAGAGCUGCCCUGGAUAUUAGCCGGAGAGACAAAGUACUUAAACAAUGAACUUUACAGAGAUAUUUCCAAAGUCACUUCAAAAGUGAGAGACCGCUGGCCACUUUCAUCGCCCCCAAGAAGAAGCAGCAAACACAUUUCUACUCUGGACACCCUAGCAUGGACCAUCGGGUAUCCGGCACAAAACAUAUGUGCAGGUUCUCCUGAUGUCUUGAAAGUACUACAGAAGUUGGAUUUUCGAAUGGACAUUGUUUAUGUCACAUCCACCUGUCAAUUUUCCAUACGACCGCGCGGGGAGCUGGAUCCUGCCCCAGUAACAUUUGACAGUUGGCCGAGAGGCGUGGCACACACUGAACUGUUCGCCAGUCAACCUGAGGGCACAUUUGGACAAACAACUAUCCAUGCUCAUAUUUACAUCAAUGAGACACUUUAUAGAGUGUUCAGUAUAUAAGACAUUCAUUCUAACCAAGAGUGUGGUAGGUCAGUGAAGAUAGAAGACAGAGGAUGGCUCCUCAGGCUGUGGUCCCGGUGACCCAAGCCUGGCUGCAGUCCACCUGGCAUGUCCGGGUGCCUUUCGCUUGGCUGGAGGCCUGUGUGGCGUGGCUUCAGGAAGAGGCAGGAGGUGCAGACAGACUGUCGCAGCAGCAAAUUAACCAACAGGCGCUUGACCAGUGGCUCUUGACUGACUUGAAGAACUUGGACUACCCGGUUCUCCCUGAAGGACUUGCUCAAGCCCACAAGACUCAGCUCAGCGGUACAUUCUGUGUACAGGUUGACUCAUUACUGGACAUCAGUCAGCCCGCGUACGGUCAGCUGCAGCAACGGAGGGGCACCGACUGCGCCAAUGACGACGUUUCGGCCGUCACACAGAGCAAUCAGAGGUCGUGGGAGGCCAGACCCACACGUAUGCUCCUGCUGCAGGUGACUGAUGGAGUCCAGAGCCUGGAGGCAAUGGAGUAUCAGCCGAUACCUGCGCUGAGCACUGCUCUUAGACCUGGUGUGAAGCUGCAGCUGCAAGGGCAGAUGAUCUGCAAACUCGGGAUGCUUCUUUUGGGGCCAGGCAAUGUGAAGGUCCUGGGCGGGGAAGUGGAAGACCUGGCCGAGAACAACAACCAGGGAAGGAUUCUAUGUCGGGUCCUGGGACUUCCCGAAGAGCAGCAGCAGCAGGAGGAGGAAGUCAGGGGAGAAGCUCCACCAACACACCAAGGUAUAGAAGCUCCAUGGCAACUUGUUUCAACUCGAUUAAGUGCUACCAAAGUCAUUCACACUACCAAAACUGCUCAAGAUGAUGCCACAAACCAGGGAGGGCAGGACAUAGAGCUAGAUGAUCUAGAACUACUGGCUGGUCUGGAGGGCCAGGAGGAACUGCAGCAGCAGCAGGAGCAGGAGGAGGUGGAGGUGGUGGAGAGGCUUCCGGUUAGGCCUGUUCAAGACAGCGGCUACAGGACGCUCAGCCAGUUUUCCACUCAGUUCUCCCGAACCUCAAACGUCAGGAGCCUGAGUGCCUCAUCCAGCAGAAGUGAAGCCUCUAUGCCCUCCAACGUGAGCGGAUUCAAUGCAUUCCCAAACGGUCGCCGCAAUAACGAGCAAGAGCAGUCCGAUGUCGUCGAACCUUCGCCUUCCCGGCAAGGCCCGGCGUGGCAUGGUGACGACAAUGACGACUUUCCGGAUGAGGAUUUUGUGGACCUCGUGUUGGACAAUAUGGAGGAAGGCCCGCAAUACUCCUUUCGCUCAGCUCCUCCGCAUGAACCUUCCGUGGACCAGGACGGAGGUGACGUCAUGGAGGACAUGGACUUUUCAGCCGCGGGCAUUGAAUCCUAUGGGGGGAGAGCACAAGAUUCAGAGUCCGGCCAGUUACAUGGGAAUGAAAUAGUUGGGAAAGAAAGUGUACUUCAUAUGGCGAGUCACGCCUCAAUGACUGCAGGAGCAAAAACGGACCCACCGGGUGACAUCACCCUAACCUCACCCCCGUUUACGUACUUGUGCCUGUUGGACGAGAUCUCCACACCCACUAGCAUAACAAUCAAAGCCUUCAUCGUCACACUCUUGGGAAAACUAAAUGCUAGCGACGGCCUGUGGCGAAUCCGCGCCACACUGUCGGACGGGAGCGGCUACCUGGACGCCGAGCUGUCCGACCGGGUCCUGACGGGCCUGCUGGGCUUCACGGUGGCCGAGAAGGGAGCGAUGAGGCGUGACCCGGCCCGCAGGUCCCAGCUGGAUGCCGGCAUGAGGCGUUGUCAGGAGGAACUGGUGGACAUGUGCUGCCUCAUAACUGUGGAGGUGGGCGGCGGGGGCGGGGGCGGGGGAGCGGUGGUGACCCAGGCCGAGCCUGUCACCGAGGGGGUCUGCCGCGAGCUGGAGCAGAGAGUGCGAGACAGGAAAUGAGAAUGGGAGCAGGGUGGUAAUGAGAACAUAGACAUUUAACAUGAGCACAGUUCUUUUAAUGAGACCUAGGUGCUUUUUUUUUUUUUUUUUUUUUCCUUUUGCGGAAAUGACUACGAUCAAGCUGCCCUUCUGCUUCCGAUCUGGAGGAGACAACGUGUGAAUCCAUGUCGCAAUGCAUCCCAUCUGCUGCACGCGAAUAUAACAUGCUGCCAUUAGAGAGGGAUUUCAUUCAUUUAUUCACACAACUAUUUCCUUGCAUGCAAUGUCCUUCAUUAUGCCGUGCGCAUUAAAACGUCAAAUGCCUACUAAAUGCUGAAUUGUAGGGCGUAUUUUGAACUGUAACGAGAAGAGUGCGGCAGAGGACCUGAGUUUAUAUUCAAAUUGCUGUAAUGAAUUGCCGCCUUUGCAUUCAUUCAUUACAUCCAUUACGUCUCGCUGGGGAAAUAAUUGAAUAUCCAAGGGCAACGCAGGUCUUCAAUAAAGUCGCCCCCGGGGGAGCAAAUAUGAGGAAAGGAAAAUGAGGAAGUGGUCAUGAUUUUGUAUUAUUUCUCAUCAUUACCGAGGUCCUCUGUGUUUUUGUCCUAAUGAGUUCGUAUGCGUGACACAAACUGUUGUUGACGCUUUGUUAAUUUUAACUGUAUACAAUUGUUUGAAAGGUGGUUGGUGUUCUGUAAAUGGAACUUUUUUUUUCUAAUAAACUUCCAUUAAGUCCUCGAGAUAAGUGAAACGUUUUAAGGUUUGAUUAAAUGCUGCCUUUUGGGAACUGCACCACAGAAAGUAAACGAUAGAAAUGAAAGCAGGAGGCAGAAACACACAAUCAUUUGUUUCUUAUCAGCCAUUGCACAGGAGCUUGUGGCUGCUUUUCCACAAACUGAUCAUGCCACGAUAUAAUGAAUUCAAAUUAAGCUUUGGUCGAUGAUGCAAUGGUCCACUGAGUUUUUAUCGGAAUGGAUAGUGGAUGAAAUGUAUUUGGUGGAACAAUUGACAAUAGUUGACGGUACAAUACACUCACUGGACAUUUCAUUUGGUACGCAUGCACAAUCCAAUGAAAGCCAUCCAAUACAUGAGAUGUAAUGAAAAUUACAACCCGUUAACUAGCCGCAUGACCAAUCAGUAGAGCACAUUAAGAACGCAAAUAAUUACUUUUUAAAUGCUGAUGAUUUAACAUUUAGAACACUUUUUGUUGUUGUUGAACUCAAUGGUGUGGUGUGGUGUUGUGCCCCACACAAAUAAGACAAAGAAUGUAAAAAUAGUGCUAAAAUAUUCCAUAUUUUCUUCAAUACUACCAUGCAUGGGAAAAAAAAACAAUGGAAUACAGUAUACAAAAUACAGUAAAUUCAGUGUCGCCAAACCUUUGA